AUGGCCCUGUUCUGCCUCUGCCUCUGGGUUCUGCAAGUUGCUAGAGUCCUCUGCCGUUGGGAACCAACACUGGAGCUGCCGCUGGGAACCAACACUGGAGCUGCCCUAAGGUUGUUACGUUAUGCAGCUAAUACUUUGCUCUUUACUGAAAAGGGUGUUGAUCCAUUCCUUGUUUCAUGGAAUCGGGACCCGGGGAUUGGAAAGAUUUCAUUAUGUAAAGCAUUAGCUCAGAAAUUAUCGAUUCGAUUUAAUUCAAGAUUCCCACAGUGCCAGCUUAUUGAAGUGAAUGCACAUUCUUUAUUGAGUAAAUGGUUUUCUGAAAAUGGCAAGCUGGUUGCAAAACUUUUCCAAAAGAUUCAAGAAAUGGUUGUAAAUGCAUUACUAACUCAGAUUGACAAGUUAAAAUCAUCUCCAAAUGUGAUAAUCCUAACCACAUCCAACAUAACUACUACUAUUGGAAAAUCAUUAUGA